GACUCAGCGUGGUGAGCGCGUGCCGCAUACAGAGAAUGCGAGAACAUUCUCCUCUUGCUUAAGCACGAAGGGAUCGGAAACUCCGCGUGCCAUCACUGUCCAUCGUUGCCUAUUAAUGGCAACGUAAGAUAAAGACUCUGGAUUAGACCAGCCGAUCUCGCUGUUCGAGCCUUCUCCAUCAAGGGGCGAUUUGUUUUUAUCCAGCGAAGAGCUUCCUUCUUCUUCGUGCGUUUUUUUGGGUUUCAGUUCAGGUUGGAAUACAUUUCUGGUAAAAUGGAGGACAAAUGUGCCACUGCAGACAAAAUCGAGGUAGAGGAAGGAAAAAAGGAGUUUCAUUUGAAGGUCAAAGCAAAAGAGAUUGAUGCAAGUGCAGAAAAGGAGGAGAAGAAAGAGUUGGAGAUUGAAAUAGGCACAAAAUCUGUAGAGAAAGAGAAGAUCAAGCAUGAGGUUAAGGAUGAUGAGGAGCAGCACAAGGAGAAGUUGGAUAAACAUGGGAUAAAUGGGGAUGAAGAUGAUGAAUCAACAGAAAAGAAGAAAAAGGACAAAAAAGGUGAGGACGAUAAGGAUCGCGACAGUGACUCAAAGGAAAAGAAGAAGAAGAAGAAGAAGAACAAGAAUGAAGAGGAUGAUUUCAAAGAAAAGAAAACAAAAGAUGUGUCUGAGGUAAAGAAGAAAAGCAAAGAUGAAGAGGAUGGACCAAAGGAAAAGAAGAAAAGCAAGGAUGAGGAAGGUGAACCAGAAAACAAAAUGAAAAUUAAGGACAAAGAUGAUGAAUUGAAGGAUAAAAAGAAGAAAAAUAAGGAUAAAGAUGUAGGAUUGAAGGAAAAGAAGAAAAGCAAAGAUGAGAGUGGGGAUGAUAGUCAGGUGACAGAAAAGGAGAAGAAGAAAAUCAAGGAUGAAGCUGAUGAAAUCAAAAUAAAGAAAAAGAAAAACAAGAAUGAAGAUGAUGACUUGAAGGAAAAGAAGAAAAGCAAAGAAGAAGAGGAUGAACAGAAAGACAAAAAGAAGGUUAAGGACAAAGAUGAUGAAUCUAGAGGGAAGAAGAAAGAAACAAAAGACAAAGAUGAAUUGAAGGAGAAGGAGAGAAGUAUCCAUGAGGAUGAUGAUGGAUCAAAUGAAAAGAAAAAGAAAGAUGAAGAGGUAGAAAAAGAAGAAAAUGCAGAAGAUAAAAAACACAAGAAGCAAAAGAAGAGAAAAAUAGAAGUUGGUGAUGAUUCAGACAAACAGAAGGACAGAGAGACAGAUGCUAGCAAAGAGGAUGCGAGUGAAGAUGGAAAGAAAAAGGAUAAAAAGGAAAAAGACAAGAAAAAGAAGGAAAAAGGCAAAGUAGGGAAGGAGAAGAACAUGGAUAUAGAAAAGCUUAAAGAGGAGUUAAAGAAGAUUGAAGCCAAGAUGGAAGUUCUGCAGACAAAGAAAGAAGAUAUUUUGAAACUGAUUACAGAAGCAGAGGCAGUUCAACAGGUGGAAAAUUCCAAGGAAAAGUAAAUACAAUGCAAGCUGGCCUUUAGAUGAGCAUGAUAAUGAUGACCUCUUGUUAUGAUAAUUUUAAUUCUAAGUUCAAGUAAUUUUUCAGUAGAUGGCAAUAAUCACAAACUUGAAUCAAGCGACUAAAUUUCCAUGGUAAAUGUCCAUGUACCAUGCUUUUUACAACUGUUGUGCUGAGAAUGGAUAUAUUUUGGCUAAAGUGGAAGGUCAUGUAUAGAAAUUACAGAGCCACCAAACUUGCUUUA